UAUAGAAUUAUUUUUCCGACAUAAAGAUUGACAACCUUCUGUUGUCUAUUCAUGGAAUAAGAUAAAAGAAUCAGAUUGUUAAAUAAACGGUGACUAAUUUGCAAUAAGUUGGGAGAGCUCACUGAUUAGAAAGGCUUUAAAGAAACAGUUAUGAUUGACCAUUCUCUUUUAAGACUAUGGCUUUCAAAGUAUCAAAAUCCAGACGCUGCCUAUCGCGAUAUUACCCAGGCAGUUCAACAUUAUCAGGGUUUACAACCACAACAAGAUUCUUACACUUUCCUGGAUGGCACAACAAUGGACUUGGUGAAUUUAACAGGCACAAUUCCUGUCACAUACAAAGGCAGUGUUUAUAAUAUCCCUAUAUGUAUCUGGCUCAUAGAUACUCAUCCAAAAAAUGCGCCCAUUUGCUAUGUGCAGCCAACUGCCGACAUGUCUGUUAAGGUUUCCAUGUUUGUUGAUCAGAAUGGAAAAAUAUACUUGCCAUAUUUACACGACUGGGUUGCUGACCACUCGGAUCUCUUGGGAUUGAUUCAAGUGAUGAUAGUUACCUUUGGAGAGCAACCUCCAGUUUUUGCUAAGCCCAAAGAUGGCAACCCUCCAUAUCCAGUUAACAGGGUCAUGCCUCAACCAUCUGGCAGUUACCCACCCUCAUCAUACCCUCCUACAUCUCCUUAUACUCCAACAUGUGGAAAUUUUGAUGGUUAUCCGCCAUAUUCUAUAGGCUAUACUGGCUAUCCUCAGUUUCCAGAGCCCUCACAUCCUAACAGAUAUCCUCUAGUAACCCCUCUAUCCACAAGAAAAGAGGAUUACAUUAGAGAUUCACUGUUAACAGCCAUUCACGAAAAACUGCUUAGGAAAAUGAAAGACCAGUUUUUGCAAAAUCAAGCCGAGUUGCAAACCUUGAAGAAAACACAAGAGGAACUGAAGCAGGGUCAGACUAAACUGGAUGGUAUAUUAGGUAGAUUGGAAAAGGAGCAGAAAGAUUUGGAAAAAAGUGUUACUCUUCUAAGGGACAAGGAACAGGAAUUGAAUAAUGCUAUAGAAAAAAUUGCGGAACAAGAAUCAAUAGAUGUGGAUGAUGCGGUAACCACAACUGCUCCUCUUUACAAACAGUUGCUGAACGCGUAUGCAGAAGAGACGGCCAUAGAAGAUGCGAUUUACUACAUGGGAGAAGCACUUCGAUGUGGUGUGAUUGAUCUGGAUGUGUUUCUUCGACAGGUGAAGACAUUGUCAAGAAAGCAAUUUAUGCUGUGUGCCUUGAUGCAGAAAUGCCGUCAGAAGGCUGGAUUGGCCGUGUGAAAAGUAGUGCCUAAUAUUGUGGUUAUGUUUAAGUAUUUUAUUUAGACAUUUAAGAUUUUAUUAUGCUUACAAGAAAAUGUAAUAAUUAUUAGAAUUAAAUAAGUAUGUUGACCGGGAUGCCUUAUAUCUGCCAAAAGUUUAUUGGCCACUGAAGCUGGAAAAAGAAAAAAAUAUAUUGCCAUAAAUCUAGUGUCUAAAAGGUUAAGAUACUCUAAUUGACAAUAGAAUUGAGACAAA